AUGUUCGGGUCCUUUCAGAGACGUCAAGCCCUAAAGGGUCCUGGGUGUGGCCCCAAUGCUAAACCAUUGGAUUUGAGAUUUGAAAAAAAUGGCCAUGUAGGGGCCAGUGUUGUGGAGGGUGGCGGUAUAAUAACUUCCAAAGGGUCUAAUGAUGUUGAGAAUUCUGCAACUGCUGAUAUGAAGUCAAAUAGGGUUGAAAAUUCUGAAAUGGCCAACAAUGUGGAGGCAAAUGCAGGAUUGCAUAAUGACUUGGAAGAUAUUUCAAUUAAGGAAGUGAUUGAAGCUGAAGGUCAGACUAUGGAGGGGUUAAAUAGGGCGAAAGAUUUGGCUUUGGUUAAGUAUAUAGAUUCAGAGGAGGUGAAACCUGUCAUGGUAAUUGGUGGUUCUCAAUUGUUGUCAUCUCCCAAAGGGCCAAUUUGUAAUGACAGUGUUAAGCUGGGAACUUCCUUUGGGCAUAAGGAUAAAUUCCAUCGUAGAAGAGUGUCUGCUGUUCAUGAUUUUCCUCUGUUCUGUGGUCCAAAUGCUCCUCAACCUACCGAAGGACGGCAGAUGAUUAGUCAUGGAAAAGGUCGAGUGGAUAUUAAAAAUUUUAAAGUGGAAACGGAUGAGACUCGGAAAUUAAGGAAAACUCUGGAAAGAGGGGCAUUGAUGGAGACACCGAAAAUAUCUGAAACCCAAUCUGUGGAUGGAGUUGAAAAGGAUAAAGUCAGAACUGAAGCAACCAAAACAAUUAGAGGAAGAAUUGGAGAAAAUGUGAGAAAGAAGCCUUUAUGGUGGGGACUCAAUUGCAAAGCUGUUGCCAAAAGAAGUAAAAUUGAGAGAGACAUUUCAGGGGGACCAUCCAUGAAGAAGAAAGAAAUUCCUGUUCCUGUUGGACAUCUGGGCGCAUUGGUCCUCGGGGAUAAAAAAAUUUAUGGUGUUCAUGAUGAAAAUCUACUCUCAAAGACUCAUGCCAGCUAUGUACCACAUGAUUUUGAUGUUAGCAUCCCUCUCAAAUGCUCCAGUCAUGGCGAUGCCCGUACUAAAGUGAUAGAGACUCUACGAUUGUUUCGUUCUGUUUGCAGACAGCACUCGCAAGAUGAAGCGAAGUCUGAGAAUCCAUCCAACAGGAUUGAUCUUCACGCAGCAAAGCUUAUCAAACAAGCAAAAAAGGAAGUUAACACGGGCAAGCCAAUUUUGGGAGAAGUACCGGGAGUUCAAGUGGGGGAUGAAUUUCAAUACAGAGUCGAGCUUGCUAUUGUUGGUAUUCACCGCCUAUACCAGACAGGUAUAGAUUCAAUGAAGCACAAUGGAAUAUCAGUUGCAAUUAGUGUUGUUGAUGCUGGGGUUUAUACUGGUGAUAAGCAUAAUGCUGACGUCUUGAUAUACUCUGGACAUGGGGGAAACAUAGUUGGGAAGAAUAAGCAACCCGAAGAUCAGAAGCUUGAGAGAGGAAAUUUGGCAUUAAAGAAUAGUAUAUCAAUGAUGACUCCUGUUCGUGUUAUCCGAGGAUGGAAAGAAACAAAUCGUUCAGGCAACGCCUCAUUGCCCUUGAAGGCUGUGAUUGUUCAGGGAGAUGCUCUGACACUAGAAAAUGCCGAUGUUGUGGUAAAAAAUGGAGGUGAAAUUCCAUACAACCGCAAUGGGGAUAUCGUUGAAGCGAGAACUAUUGUAUAUGAUUGUAUCCUUCCUGUGAAUCCCUCCUCCUUGCUAUAA